UUUUGUGUUUUUUUUUUAAAUCAGACAAUCAAUCAAAUUGAAACGUUCACAAAUUAAUAUAAAACAACAAAAAAACUAUAUUUUAACCAUUUAAAGCACAAAGUCAAUGUCUGACGUAAAUUGAGAUUGAGACAAUAUUUGAAGCAUCUAUGCAAAAUGCACGACAAUAAAAAUGCAAAACGACAAGAGACAAUUUAAAGCCUCAGAGCUCUGCGCUCGGAAUGACGUCACGCUUGAAUAACCCGUGUUGAUAAUGAUCCAGUUGCACGGGAACAAAGUUUAUAAUGGUUAACUGGCCAGUUUCAACAUCCGACUCGUCUGGAACGCAGCAUGUGUUUGUGAAACCUCCUCUCCCUCCUCCCCCUCUUCCUCCUCCUCCUCCUCAUCCUCCUCCUCCUGGGUGGCGUGUGGCACUAACCACCCCUCAUACUCCGGGAGCAGCGUGGUGGGCACAACAAGCGCACCUCCGUGAUUCUCUGCUGCGCUGCGCACUCUGCAGAUCCUCCCCGGCACCGAGCACCACACCGACCCGCCCGGCGCGCAGAGGACGCAGGGAUGAGCUCGCCCUCCGCCCUUCACAUCGCACUACCGUGAGCGUGUGGCGGCUCUUUCACACGGACACACACACACACACACCCACAGAGGACCCGCACCGGUCCGCUGUCCACGAACCCCCCCCACAGCUCCUUAUCGGACCCCCGCAGCAGCAGCAGCAGCAGCAGCCCCGGACCAUGGCGGAGAGAAGCGGCCGCCUGAGCUUCCCCGGGAGCGGGGCUCUCAACAGACCGGUGCCCAUGAACCUGUUUGCAACGUGGGAGAUUGACGGAUCCUCCCCGAACUGCGUGCCCAGAUCCAGGUUAGAUCCAGCAUCGUGCCAAGAGGGUGCCCAUGCAGGCCCAGCACUCAGCCCCCUGCUCGCAGCCCCCUGCACUGUGUUGGAUGAGGUGGUGAAUAAGAGAUGGAUCAUAUGGCAGCUGGCUGGCUGCACCAUGGAGACCAUCCAGCUCCUGUGA